UGCUCCCCAUCCCGUAGGGAGACUUCUAUUGUGGGUCUAACAGUGCUUUGCAGGAGCUGCUACUGAACAAUCCCUCAUUGCUGCGAGAUGACUAACGUUGAAGAGCUGAUUCUGCAGGUGAAUGCAAGCAAGUGUGUGGCCAUCCAGAUAACCAACAACACCAGAGACGUGACCCUCGAGAACCCCAGGACUUACUGUUUCAGCGGCCAUUCUGCAAUAGACCCUGUGUCCAACAUUCCCCCCGGCUCUUCGGGGAGCAGCGUGUUUGUGAAAACAAGCGAUGCGGCCCGCGGGAGCGUUGGGGUGCUGAGCUACGAGUCCGACACUUUCACCCUGGCCAUCAUGUUCUCCGUCCCCUACGACCGCUUGCAAUACUACAAUGAGUUUGCCAUCGAGCUCUUUGCUGGCAGGAAGCACUUCGACAGCAUGGAGCGCCUCUACCACUAUAUGUACAAUGACGGCCCUCCCUAUUCGUGUGACUCCUACAGGAAAGUGCAGGUAAAGGACCCAUAUGGCCAGCUGGAGGUGACCAACCAGGAGAUCCAGGUGACGGCCACCAUGUCCAAACAGAAUAAGUCCAUCAUUGAAGUGCAGAUCAAGGAAAUAGAUGUGACAGAGAAGGUGGCUGCUGGUGGGAAAUAGUAUCUCUCUUUCUCCCAGCUUGAGUAGACAGCGAUGUGCUAGCUCUGCUGGAGUUAGUGCACUAAAAAUGGCCAGAGCGUUGUGGUUGGUGGGAAGAGCUAGCCACCCAAGUGCACUCUCACCUGACCUCCAGGGUAUGUACUCGGGCGUCUAGCCUGAGCUGCUGCCCAUGCCACAGUGUCCACACUGCUAUUUUUAGUG